AUGCUGCGAGGAGCCUUCGUGGGCCGCCGGGCGGCCGUCGCGCUGGGCGCGGGCCUCGCCUCUGGUCUCUGCAUGCACACGGGUCGGAGCCGCAACGACGAGCGCCCGCCAUCCAUCGUCAUCGAGCAAGCUGAGGCCGCCGAAGCCACGGAGGGCGCCGCCACGCGGCACUACCCAGUCCGCUCGCCGACAUUCUCAUGA